AUGGCGGAGAGUAAGACGGUGGGGGCCGCAGCAGUGACAGCAGCGUCAUUGUCCUCCUCCUCGUCGUCGUCGUCGUCCGUAUUGGGUGGGCAGCGGCGAAAACUCCUUGAAGACGUCAUUUCAUCCCCAGAGUUGCUGCGUCGCCCCACCACUUCGAAUGUCCACGCAGGAAGCGAGAAGAAACACCCUGAGACGCGAGCAACACUAGUACGCAGUGAAGGCCAUGCGCACAAGCAAAAGAAGGGAGAGAAGUUCCCAACACCGUCGCCGACGGCCCGAAGGUUGAAAUGUGAUCAAGAGGAUAACGUGGCCGCUCAACGUGGUAGGGAGGUGGCCGCCCCCGCAUUCUCUGCGACGUCGAGUGAGAGGGCUGAAGAGAGUAGCAGCAUCUCCGAACGUGACUCCCUGUUGGAGCGUUUGCGAGAAAAAGAGAAGCAGUUUGAUGAUAAAAUAACCGCGCUUGACGAGACACUUGUGUGUGCUGAGAGGGGUCGUUUGCAGCGAGAUAGUAUCAUUGACGGCCUCCGCGCAGAGGUGGCGCGGCUGCGGGCGCAGCUGGAGCUUGCCGCUGGCGCCAGGAGUCAAGCGGAGGAGAUUAGUGAGAGGCUACUCAAGGAAAGGACAGUAGCGCUGGGGGAGGCGCAUGCCGAGAUGGAGGCGCUUCGCGACAAGCUUCGCAAAAAGGAUCUGCAGAUAAAACACUACGAAAGGGAGUUAAAGCUGCGGCAGACCACUAUUGCUGCCAAAUCACAACAACAAGGGUUGACGACUGCAACGGUGGCGGAGCGGGUGAAGAUGGCGCAGCCACAACAACAACAAAAGCCAGAGAUGUUGAAGAUGCUUAGCUCAAGCGGGAAUGCCUUGACAGAGCGAGAGCGAGAGCGAGAGCGAGAGCGAGAGCGAGAGCGGCAGCAACGCGAGCGAUAUGCGUCCAGUUUGCGGGCGCUGCAGGAGGAGGUUCAGGCGCUUGAACGAAAUUACAACAUUACCCGAAAUGAAAAGGAUGCCCUGGUGGACGAGAACCAUGCGCUUCACUCCAAGCUGGAGGCCAUUCAGGAAAACAUAGAGGCACGUGUGGCGGGGGCUGUGAAGGCUAUGCAAAGCCACGUGGAUCAAAAGCGUGAGCUUGAGGCUGAGGUGGUAGCCACGCGUCUUAGCAUGGCGCGUUUGCUUCGACUUCUUCGUGAGGUACCGGAGAUGCGGCAAUACCUGCGAGUAAACGAGAUAGAGGGUGACAUGCUGUUCACGGGGUACACACUUGGAGCCGUGACACGUGACCAGAGGACGACAGGCGAUGACGCAGAGCAACACGUACAAACCCAGAGACGGCGCAAUGGUGGCCUCGCCGCGGUGGCUGCUGGAACCGGCGUCGAUGAUGGCGUUUACGGUGGAAAUUUAAUGCUGCAGUCAAGCAACGUCUACCUAAACGGUCAGUGGUGCAAGCAACUGCAAGACCUCAUGGACGACGAGAAUAACUUUUUGCGUCGCAGGAAGGUUUGUCUCGGCGAUAUGGAGGAUACCGCGCGCUGUGGCAGGGGAGGGGAAGCUUCUCAACGUGUUCCGCCAGCGUCUGACGUGCUACAAGGCCGUCAAAACGAUAAGGACUUUUGGAUUCCCUAUGCCGUUUUUGUUGAGGCGCAGAAGUUUAAGAAUCGAUACUUCCCUUCACUCAGCUACGAGAGUUUCUAUCCCUUUCUCACUGCUGUCAACCAGCUGUGGAACGAAAAGACGAAGCGGCGCGUGGCAGCAGAAGUCAAACGCCGCCUCUAUGCGCAGCGGCAGAAACAGCACGGAGAGAAGCGUUGCGAUGCACUGAAGGAUUCGACUGUUGAUACGUUUGCCACCAACGAUGCCUGGCGCCAAAUGUCUUCAUCGGCCCUAAGUUUCUGGCAGCAGCUUCAGCAUUUGCGACAUGAGGUGCGUCGACGGGUGACGGGGAAAAAUAGUCUCGAACUGUUUCGGCAUUACGAUCACCUGAUAAAGUGCACCUUGAAGCACCUGCGGGAGGUGCAAGAGGAACACGCGGCUCUGCUCGAGAGACAUCAAUCUUGUCGGCUUCAUGGACAUGCACGGGUGACGAUGAAUUUUGACGAGGACGACACAAAAAGGAUGAGAGACGAAGAGGCAGAAGCAGAAGAAGGAGAGAGGAUAGUUGGUAUUGACAAUGAAGUCUCCGUCAUGCUACGUCGUGCGUUGUCCGCCCUUGUGGAGGAGGUGCAGGAGGUUAGCGAGCGCUCUGCGUCACGUAUCGUGGCCUCCUGUCGCGAUCUGCGGGACUUUCUCGGGGCCUUGCGGGAUCAGAAGCUUCAAGCCGGGCCCUCGCAAGAACAAGAAGAAGGGUCAAGACAGGAAGACAGUGCUGUCCUCCACACGCAGAUGCCAGACUCCGUUCCGGUGUCAACAUUGCUCCGCAUCAUUGAGGGGGUACUUGAUUUUGUGGACGAAGUGCAGCGGGAGGUGUUCGCGGGACGAAAUGCUGUCUCUCGAUGCGCAACACGGGCAGAUGAGCAAUCGGAGCUGCUUCUUAUCUCUCUCGGUGCGAAUGAUGAUAGCGAAGUUGGAGAGGCUGCUGAGUUGGAGGAGGAGGAGGAGGUGAUAGCCGGUGGACGGCGGCGCCAGAAGUGGCACCGAAGGCAGUGGCAGGGCCUUUCAAGCCCCCCUGACUGA